GUUCUGUGACAUCCUGUUGCUUGAGAGUUGGUUUUGAAGCUUUGAAGUUGUUGUGCUUUUGAAGAAAUGGAAGAGAAGGCUUGAAAGAAUCUUGGUUACUUCCUAACUUAUAAAGAGAGAGAGAGAGAGAAAUGGGAUGUUCUACAUCAAAGCUGGAUAAUGAAGAGGUUGUCCAGCUUUGUAAAGACAGGAAGAAAUUUAUUAAACAGGCCCUUGAGCAGAGAACUCGAUUUGCCUCAGGACACAUUGCUUACAUACAAUCCUUAAAGCGUGUGUCUGCUGCCCUUCGUAAUUAUAUUGAGGGAGAUGAACCCCGUGAGUUUUUCUUGGAUUUGUUCAGUACCCCACCUUUUACACCUGUAAAGAAAACAUGUCCAAGUGUCAUCUCAUCAAAACCCUUCUCAACUCCACCCCCAAUUCAGUCCGAAAGCAACUCAGCUUGCAGAGUGAAUUACAUGAGAUCAGGUGGGAAUCAAUCCAUUUCUGUCAAGGAGAGACCCCAAUCACCAGAAACUGUGAGAAUCGAGUCCUACUCCCCAAGGCACCACUAUGGGAUUGAUGGGUUCUUUGCAAUGCAGCCAUCCUCCAUAAACUCGUCAUUCUUUUCUUCAUCACUGAACACGCCAAGUUUUCCUCCGCCAUCGCCUCAGAUUUCACAAUGGGACUUCUUUUGGAAUCCCUUCUCCUCAUUGGAUUCAUAUGGUUACCCCACCCGCUUAAGUCUUGAGCAGACUGUCAUGGAUGAGGAGACUGCAGGCCUCAGACAGGUUCGUGAAGAAGAAGGAAUCCCUGAUUUAGAAGAGGAAGUUGAAGAACAAGAUGAACAGGAAGUAACAACAGAAGCAAGAGCUAAAAUUGAUAUGAAUUGUGCUAACCAUGCUGAUGAAGUCAUUAUUGAAGACGAUACUGAAACUGACAGUGAAACUGAUACUACACAUGAAGUAAAAGGACUACAAUCCCAUGGUGCGACGAGCAUUGAAGGGUCACAAGCACAGAAUACAGUAGAAGUCAGUAAUCAAGUUAGGGCAGAGUGUGAUCGAGAAGACAAAGAAGAAACUCCCGGGUUUACUGUUUAUGUAAAUCGAAGACCAAUAAGUAUGGCAGAGCUCAUCAAGGAUCUUGAAACUCAGUUCAUGAUAGUUUGCAAUUCGGCUAAUGAGGUCUCAACAAUGUUGGAAGCUAGCAAAGCUCAGUACUCUUCAACCUCAAAUGAGCUCACAGCUAUGAGAAUGUUGAAUCCAGUUGCUUUGUUCCAUUCGGCAUCAUCGCGGUCAUCCUCAUCGAGAUUCCUCAACAAUUCUUCAAGUUCUAGGGAUGAUGGUUAUGAAAGCAGUAGUGACUUCUCUGAGGAGUCUUGUAUGUUCUUGGGGAGUCAUCAAUCAACACUCGAUAGAUUAUAUGCUUGGGAGAAGAAGCUAUAUGAAGAAGUCAAGUCUGGAGAACGGAUUCGCAUUGCUUACGACAAGAAAUGUAUGCAGCUAAGAAACCAAGAUAUGAAAGGAGAGGAACCUUCUGUGGUGCAUAAAACUAGAGCUGCAAUAAGAGAUCUCCAUACCCAGAUCAAAGUUUCAAUACACUCGGUUGAAGCAGUUUCGAAGAGAAUCGAAACUUUAAUGGGUGAGGAAUUGCAACCACAGCUUCUGGAAUUGAUACAAGGGUUAGCAAAGAUGUGGAAAGUGAUGGCAGAGUGUCAUCGAAAACAGAAGCAAACAAUAGACGAAGCCAAGCUCUUGUUAGCUGGUACACCAAUAAAAUUGGCUGAGCAGAAACUUGGUGAAAUGUCACCACAUGAACCACCGCACAGGCUUGCUCGAUCAGCUGCGAAUCUUGAGAUAGAGCUUCGGAACUGGAGAGCCUGUUUUGAGUCAUGGAUCGCUGCUCAACGAUCCUAUGUCCAUGCACUUAUAGGAUGGCUCCUCCAAUAUGUAAGAACUGACCCAGAAACAUCAUCGAAAUUGCCAUUCUCUCCUCGACACUCUGGUGGAGGAGGAGCUCCUCCUCCUCCUCCCAUUUAUGGAAUUUGUGUUCAGUGGUCCAGAUUCCUUGAUGACAUCUGUGAUGACCCUGUGAUCGAUGGGCUCGAAUUCUUUGCAGCAGGGAUGGGAUCAUUGUAUACACAGCAACUAGAUGAUUCUCGCCGAGCUCCAAUGGGAUCUAAGCGAUUCUCACCUGUUUCUUCUGGUAGGAAUAUGGAGAUUAUGGAGGUGCUGGAAGAGGAGGAGGUGAUGAGUGGGGAAAAAAUGGCUCAGGUUGCCAUUAGAGUCUUGUGUGCUGGGAUGUCAGUUGCCAUGAGCUCUCUAAUGGAAUUUGCAAUAAGCUCCGCAGAGGGGUAUGCUGAUCUGGUUAAGCAAUGGGAGAAUGCGACAUGGACACAAGGGACCACCAAUAAGGCUGCCAUGUAAUUGCUACUAUAUUUACUGGAUGGGUAGUUCGGUAAUGGGAUGUUGUUAAUGCGAUCGUAGAAUUACUAAAUUAUCCUA